AUUUGUUUUGUGUGCUUGAACGUUAGGGAGAGAGUGGAGAUCGAAGGGAAAGGCGAGAUUUCCCAAAGAGUGAAACACAAAACAGUAUAUGGUAGCUGUCGUUUUGUGUAUUCGCAAUGCCGUGUGGGGGUCUCGUCUCUGUACGCACACUACUCUUGUUUAUUAUAUACAUAUUCUGUUCUCUGUUUCUCUUUGCGUCUCUGGUUAGAGCUUGAUCUGGUCAAGACGAGAUAAGGAGAGGGGAGUGGUAGAUACAUGAGGGAGAGAUCGUGAUCAUGAUGUGAUGUGAGUUCUUAUUGUUGUGAUGAUUUGGGGUUUUGGGGUCUUUGAAUUUUGAUUGAAGUACUGGGGUUUUAAGUUUUUGAGCAAAUACCGAGUAUGAUUGGAGUGGGUUUGAUAGUUUGAUUGGGAAAUUCUGGAGAAAAAAAGGUUCUUUUUGUUUGCAUGAGUUCUGAUUUGUGAUUCUUAGCUUCGUUUAGAGAUAAUAAAAAGGGGGUUUGGUGAAUUGGCAAAGAAAUGGCGGUGGAAGCUCAAAAUCUGUAGUGUGAAUGCUUUUCUGUGUUACAAUUUGAAGCACUUUUGUGGCUUAUUAAGCUAAAAGUUGAAGAGAGAGGCCAAGGGAAAAAGGGUUUUCUUUUCUGGCAUAAUUAUACAAUCACAGGGAAUCUCAAGAGGCAGAAAGAGUGCAAAAGUUCGAACCAAGCGACAAGUAAAGAUCGAUUCCAGUUGCAGGGAAAUGGCGAAAUCGGUGGAAUUUCCAAAUGGAACUAAGCCAAGAGGGAAGCAUUAUUACACAAUGUGGCAAACAUUGUUCGAGGUCGACACCAAGUAUGUUCCAAUCAAACCUAUAGGUAGAGGAGCUUAUGGCGUGGUAUGUUCUUCCAUCAAUAGGGAGACGAAUGAGAAAGUUGCCAUCAAGAAGAUUAACAACGUGUUUGAGAACCGCAUUGAUGCUUUGAGGACUCUGAGGGAGUUGAAGCUUCUGAGACAUAUUCGGCACGAAAAUGUGAUUGCCUUGAAGGAUGUUAUGGUGCCUAUUCAUAGGAAUACUUUCAAGGAUGUGUAUCUGGUUUAUGAGCUCAUGGAUACGGAUUUGCAUCAAAUUAUCAAGUCCUCGCAACCGCUUUCUAAUGACCAUUGCAAGUACUUUUUAUUUCAGUUGCUAAGAGGACUGAAGUAUCUCCACUCAGCAAACAUCCUUCACCGAGAUUUGAAGCCGGGGAACCUACUUGUUAAUGCCAACUGUGACUUGAAGAUAUGUGAUUUUGGGCUGGCACGGACAAGCAGAGGUAAUGAACAGUUCAUGACUGAGUAUGUUGUCACCCGUUGGUACCGUGCACCGGAACUCCUCCUCUGCUGUGACAAUUAUGGAACCUCAAUUGAUGUAUGGUCUGUUGGAUGCAUCUUCGCUGAGAUUCUUGGUCGGAAGCCAAUAUUUCCUGGAACUGAGUGCCUUAACCAGCUUAAACUAAUUAUCAAUGUUCUUGGAAAUCAGCAUGAAGCUGAUCUUGAGUUCAUCGAUAACCGAAAAGCAAAAAACUACAUAAAGUCCCUCCCGUACUCCAGAGGAAUCCACCUCUCCCAUUUGUACCCUCAUGCUGAUCCUUUAGCCAUAGACUUGUUGCAAAGGAUGCUUGUGUUUGAUCCAUCCAAGCGAAUCUCCGUGACAGAUGCACUCCUACACCCAUACAUGUCAGGUCUGUAUGAUCCAAGAAGCAACCCGCAAGCCCAGGUCCCGAUCAACCUUGAUAUCGAUGAGAACAUAGAAGAACCAAUGAUUCGGGAAAUGAUGUGGAAUGAGAUGCUCGUUUACCAUCCUGAAGCUGCAAUGAUCAACGCGUAAGUAAUUCUGGAAAAAUGUGAUUAGAUAUGGUGAUUUAUUGUGUUCUGUAUGCAGAAACCUGUUAUUAUAUUAGCUCAUAGAAGCUACCAACCGAUGGAGUAGUAUGCUUCUGAGUUAAGCGAUGGUCCGAGGGUUUUGCCUCGACAGUCUUUCCAAUAAUCGAAUUCCAAACUUAUUGGAACUGUAAGUAGUUAUGUUGUUCAUUGCUCCAUUACUAUUUAUGGAACUUUGGACAUCUUCCAUUGAAAUAUCAGAAGAAGAUGUAUUUGGGAUCUAUUGUUUGUGUAGAUUGAGGAAUGCAUACUUAGCGGGGCUGGCUUUAAAUAGUUAUUUCUGUACGGGAUUGUUGGAUUUUUCUUUAUAUUUAUUGAAGUUUCUGGAGAGUUGGUGAA